AUGUCGGCCAUCACUCGUUUCUUCUCGGCGGCGGCGGUCGCGUCCGUUGCGACUGCGGCUGUAAUCGAUUUGCCCAUCAUCGUCGACGAUGGCUACAAAGUCGUCGAGCUCGGCAUCGGAACCCCGGCCAAGACGUUCCGUCUCCUCUUCGACACGGGAAGCUCGUCGUCCUGGGCGACCGACAGCGAAUGUCUCGCCAAGGGGAAGUGCAACAACGCGAGCGGCUAUCACCGGACGGGCUACAGCAUCGACGCCUCAACCAGCGGCCACUACACCGGCGGAAGCGCCGUCAUCCCGUACCUCGGAGGCGACGUCGCCGGCCUCACCGUCGCCGAGAAAUGGACCGUCGGCAACUCUUCGUGGGAACAGUCCUUCAUCGCCGCCAACGAGAGCAGCUGGUCCUCCUUGGCGGCCGACGGCUUCCUGGGCCUGGGCUUCAGCUCCAUCAUCGACGGCGGCGCCAAUACCGUCGUCGAGACCCUCAUGGGCGAGAACCGCCUCGACGCGGCCAAGUUUGGCAUCUACUACGGCACCGAGGUCAAUAACACGGGCGGCGUCCCCGGCAACGGCGUGCUCACCAUCGGCGGCUCCCGCGAGGCCGACUAUGUCGACGGCGAGCUCGUCACGGUCCCCAUCUGGCAGGCCGAAGACGGCUACGACGUGUGGCGGUCCUCGAUCCUCACCAUCAACGGCACGCGGUCCACGGGCAACGGCAGCGUCACGGAGACGGAGACCGACUUCGACCAGGCGCGCGUCGUCUUCGACACGGGCGCGAGCAAAAUCACGCUGCCGACGAAGCUGAACCUGGCCGUGUACGAGUCCAUCGGGAUGAACUACACGGCCAUCCUCAAGGGCGACCACAUCCCGCUCUGCAGCGAAUUCAACUCGUCGUGGUCCGUCAAGUUUUCCUUUGGCGACUACCGGUACCCGCAGACGGUCGAGAUCACGGGCGACCAGCUCGCCAUCCCGGGUUUCGCGUACAGGGACGACGCGUGCUGGCCUCCGUUUGAGGAGGGCACGCAGUCUUGGUUCGUGUUGAUUGGGUCGACGUUUUUGAAAAACUUUUAUACGGUGUGGGAUUAUGGCUCGGCGGCGAACGAGACGCAGAUUCGGAACUUUCAUCCGACAUUGUCACUUGGCAAUUUGAAGAAGAGCCUGUCAGAGUGA